AUGGCGGGGCUCUGGGUUGGGGCGGCGGCGCUGGUCGGGGCCGGACGGCGUGGGCGGCGGUUGCCGCAGCCGCUGAUGCGGAGCUCAGCGCUGUGGACCCUGAAGUUAUGGAGGCUAGAAGUUGGAAAUCAAGAUGUUGGCAAGGCCAUGCUCGCUCUGAAGGCUCCAGUGAAGAAUGCCUCCUUGUCUCUGGGCUUCUCUGUUCAGUAUGUGGCUAGUGGCUGCCAUAUUGGACAGCCAGUUCUUAAUAACCAGAGCACCCUACUGAAUUGGUCACACUUUGAGGUAGAAGCUUUGCAGGAGCAAUUUGCAUUGCGGGUACAGCCCCUGCCUUGGAGAAAGGCUGCCGUGAUGGUUCAUGUGAAAAUGGCGGAUGAGGCUGUCUGUGUUGGCCCAGCUCCCACCAGUCAAAGCUACCUCAACAUGGAUGCCAUCAUGGAAGCCAUUAAGAAAACCAGGGCCCAAGCUGUACAUCCAGGUUAUGGAUUCCUUUCAGAAAACAAAGAAUUUGCCAAAUGUCUGGCAGCAGAAGAUGUCAUUUUCAUUGGACCUGACACACAUGCCAUUCAAGCCAUGGGUGACAAGAUUGAAAGCAAAUUAUUAGCUAAGAAAGCAAAGGUUAACACAAUCCCUGGCUUUGAUGGAGUGGUCAAGGAUGCAGAUGAAGCUGUCAGAAUUGCAAGGGAAAUUGGCUACCCUGUCAUGAUCAAGGCCUCAGCAGGUGGUGGUGGGAAAGGCAUGCGAAUCGCCUGGGAUGAUGAAGAGACCAGGGAUGGUUUUCGAUUUUCAUCUCAAGAAGCUGCUUCUAGUUUUGGUGAUGAUAGACUACUAAUAGAAAAAUUUAUUGAUAACCCUCGUCAUAUAGAAAUCCAGGUUUUAGGUGAUAAACAUGGGAAUGCUUUGUGGCUCAAUGAAAGAGAAUGCUCAAUUCAGCGAAGAAAUCAGAAAGUGGUGGAGGAAGCACCCAGCAUUUUUCUGGAUUCUGAGACUCGAAGAGCGAUGGGAGAACAAGCCGUAGCUCUCGCCAAAGCAGUAAAAUAUUCCUCUGCUGGAACCGUAGAAUUCCUUGUGGACUCAAAGAAGAAUUUUUAUUUUUUGGAAAUGAAUACGAGACUCCAGGUGGAGCAUCCUGUCACAGAAUGCAUUACUGGCCUGGACCUAGUCCAAGAAAUGAUCCGUGUUGCCAAGGGUUACCCUCUCAGGCACAAACAAGCUGAUAUUCCCAUCAACGGCUGGGCAGUUGAAUGUCGGGUGUAUGCUGAGGACCCCUACAAGUCUUUUGGUUUACCGUCCGUUGGGAGAUUGUCUCAGUACCAAGAACCAAUACAUCUACCUGGUGUCCGGGUUGACAGCGGCAUCCAACCAGGAAGUGACAUUAGCAUUUAUUAUGAUCCAAUGAUUUCAAAACUGAUCACAUAUGGUUCUGAUAGAACUGAAGCACUGAAGAGAAUGGAAGAUGCACUGGAUAAUUACGUUAUUCGAGGUGUUACACAUAAUAUUGCAUUGCUCCGAGAGGUGAUAAUCAACUCACGUUUUAUAGAAGGAGACAUCAACACUAAAUUUCUUUCUGAUGUGUAUCCUGAUGGCUUUAAAGGACACAAGUUAACAGAGAAUGAGAGAAACCAAUUAUUGGCAAUAGCAUCAUCAUUGUUCGUGGCAUUCCAAUUAAGAGCACAACAUUUUCAAGAACAUGAAAAUUCAAGAGUGCCUAUUAUUCAACCACAAGUGGCUAACUGGCAGCUCUCAGUAAAAUUGCAUGAUGAAGUUCAUACUGUCGUAGCAUCAAACAGUGGGCCAACAUUCUCUGUGGAAGUUGAUGGGUCGAAACUAAAUGUGACCAGCACGUGGAACCUGGCUUCACCCUUAUUGUCUGUCAGCGUUGAUGGCACUCCGAGGACGGUGCAGUGUCUUUCUCGAGAAGCAGGUGGAAACAUGAGCAUUCAGUUUCUUGGCACAGUGUACAAGGUGCAUAUAUUAACCAAACUGGCUGCAGAACUGAACAAAUUUAUGCUGGAAAAAGCGGCUGAGGACACAAGCAGUAUUCUGCGCUCCCCGAUGCCUGGCGUGGUGGUGACCGUCUCUGUCAAGCCUGGAGACAUGGUAGCAGAAGGCCAGGAAAUUUGUGUGAUUGAAGCCAUGAAAAUGCAGAACAGUAUGACAGCUGGGAAAACUGGCAAGGUGAAAUCAGUGCGUUGUAAAGCUGGAGACACAGUUGGAGAAGGAGAUCUGCUCGUGGAACUGGAAUGA